CCACAAUGUAGUGCUCAGGGGGGAGGGCUACAUGCGCACAAAGCAUGACUAGCUCUUUUAUUAUUACAUGUCAGGACAUAUUUUUCUGCGCUGGAUUACCUACCUCCUGUUUGCGCGUCGGACUACGUUGAUUGGAUUUAUUGUAUUUUGCUGAAGGUGGAAUAAUGUGGAAGAAAUUGCCGGCAUGGCAGUUGCUGUGGUGGUGCCAUCGUUUCUCCCUAUUGUGGAGUGCAAUAGACGCACAGACCCGCUACAGCAUCCCGGAGGAGCUGAAACGAGGCUCGCUGGUGGGGAAUCUCGCCAAAGAUUUGGGUUUGGUUGUAUCAGAACUGCACCGACGUAAACUGCGGAUAACCUCGGAGGCUGGUAAGCAGUAUUUCAGUGUAGACCUCGGGAAGGGAGACUUGCUGGUGACGGAUCGAAUCGACAGGGAGGAGCUGUGUGCACAAAGAGCGACAUGUCUGCUGCCGCUGGAGCUGGUUAUAGACAAUCCCUUACAACUGCAUAGGGUUGAAAUUGAAAUAUUGGACACUAACGACAAUGCUCCUAGUUUUCUCUCUAAAGAAAAAAUAUUAAAAAUAGCAGAGCUCGUUAAUCCCGGCGCACGGUUUCCUUUAGAAAGCGCUCAGGAUCUUGAUGUCGGCCCUAAUUCUGUACGAUCCUAUCUUAUCAGCAAAAAUGACAAUUUUAAAAUAGAAGUAAAAACUCACAAGGAUGGAAGGAAAAUCCCUGAACUGGUGCUUGAAAAAGCUCUCGAUCGUGAAAAGCUGCCCGUCCACCAUCUCAUCCUCACUGCGCUGGAUGGUGGCGACCCGGUGCGUUCAGGGACGUCAGAAAUUACAAUAACAGUCCUUGAUAAUAACGACAACGCACCCCAAUUUGAAAGGCAGCUAUAUGAGACUAAUGUCAGCGAAAAGGCAACACCAGGAAGUCAGAUAUUACAAGUUAAAGCCACAGAUGCAGAUGAAGGGUUAAACGGCGAAAUUGAAUAUGCAUUUGCGGAGCAGACGUCAGAUGUGAUUUUAGCAUUAUUUGACAUAGACACUUCUACUGGAGCUGUCGUCGUCAAAGGACUGUUAGACCAUGAAACGAGUUCUUUUCACAGAUUUGACAUAACAGCAAAAGACAAAGGUAAUCCAAAAAUGGAGGGUCAUUGUGGUGUUGAAAUUAAAAUAAUAGACAUUAAUGACAAUGCUCCUGAAAUCAUUGUGACGUCACUAACCACCCCGGUGCCAGAGGACUCUGCCACAGGGACAGUGAUUGCUCUGAUUAGUGCAAGAGACCCUGACUCAAAAGAUAAUGGCAAGGUUACGUUGACGUUGCCCUCUGAGUCCCCCUUUAAGUUAAAUCCAUCAGUCUCUAACCACUACUCAUUAGUGACAAACGGACAGCUUGAUCGUGAAAAAAAUGCUCAAUAUAGAGUUAAGAUUCGUGCUACUGACUCUGGGAGCCCUCCACUAUCAAGUGAAAAAAUAAUUGAUGUAGAUCUAUUAGAUGUAAAUGAUAACCCACCAGUUUUCUCGCAGCCUUAUUAUACUGUUUAUGUAAAUGAAAAUAGCGCUCCAGGUCAUAUUUUAUGUUCAGUGUCUGCAUGUGACCUGGAUGCUGGCGAAAACGCCAAAGUAUCUUACUCUAUCGUGGACUCUAAAGUGCACGACGUGUCCGUGUCGUCUUAUGUUUACAUGAACUCAGAGAACGGCAGCAUCUACAGCAUGCACUCGUUUGACUAUGAGAAAGUCAAAGUGUUUCACAUCCAGGUUCAGGCAAAGGACCAGGGCUCUCCAUCUCUCAGCACCAACGCCACCGUCCAUGUUUUUAUCCUGGACCAGAACGACAACGCCCCCGCUGUCAUUUACCCUUCCCCCCACGCAGCCUCCCACCUGAGGGUGCCCCGCACGGCCAAAGCGGGCCAACUAGUCACCAAGGUGACGGCAGUGGACGCGGACUCAGGCCACAAUGCGUGGAUCUCGUACAAAGUGUCUGAGGCCACAGACGCCUCUCUCUUCAUGGUCAGUGUGUACACAGGGGAGGUGAGGACUAAACGUGCUGUGUCCGAGCACGACGACUCCUCUCAGAGGUUGAUUGUUGAGGUCCAGGACGAUGGGGAACCGGUCCAGUCGGCCACUGUCACGCUGUCCAUCCUGCUGGAGGAUGGUGUGAGUGAGCCAAUGUUGGAGCUGAGACACAAGGCGUCCGAGCCCAGUAAGACAAGCGGCAGAAUCACACUUUAUUUGAUUGUGUCUCUGGCCUCGGUGUCCGUGCUGUCUCUGGUGACUUUGCUCAUCUUAGCGGUGAAAUGCAUGAGGAGCAGCAGAAGCAGAGCUAGUUGCUGCACGAGACGGACACACUGUGAUGAGGACAAGAAACCCAACAGAAAGCUACACAUUCAGCUCAACACUGAUGGACCUAUCAAGUACGUGGAGGUUCUGGGAGGAGACGUCAUGUCUCAGAGCCACUCCUUCAGGUCGUGCAUGUCUCCAAUGUCAGAGUACAGUGAUUUCACUUUGGUGAAGCCCAGCAGCACCACUGACUUUAAGGAGGUCAUCAGCGUCCUGGACGCCUCUUUACCUGACAGCACCUGGACCUUUGAGAGCCAGCAGGUGAGCACUACUUUGGUUUGCAAUGAAGGACAACUUGAAGUGAUUAAUGCAUUUUUCUAGAAAUUAAUUUUGCCUAUGCACGUGGUGCCAUAAAUCCACUUGAAUGCUUCAACACCAUAAAAGUGGACAGUGACUGUUCAUGUGCUAUUUUACUGGUUUGUUCCUGGGCCAGAACUUAAUAAUAAUAUAAUAGAACUGAUCAUAGUCAGAGACCAUGACUGAAAGUGUAACAGGCGUGUGUGUGUACAUGUGCGUAUGUAAUUAGUAUAUUUUAUUUAGGUGACAUGUUGACUAGAAUCCAUUUGUUAAUUUC